AUGUCUGAGCAGUUGGUGACCGGGCAUUCGACAUCGUCAUCGUCCUCCAAGUACGAGAUGCAACGUACAGGCGGUCUCAUGGGGCUCCCUGUCGAGCUUCAGGCCGACAUCUUCCGGCAUAUGCCCAAUUUGAAAACCGCAGUUGCACUUCGCCUCUGCUGUCGCCAGCUCAACGAGGUCUACCUGGCGAACGAGCCCAGCAUCACAGCCGCCUUGCGCGAGUUGCUCGUCGCUCCCUUCCGGGAAUACUACAGCCUACUGCAGCGCCUCAAGUUCCCAGCUGACUCGGUCAAGACACCGCCGGCUCUUGGCUGGCCGGCCAUGACGACCGCGGCCUGUGCCGUCCUGGGCAAAACCCCAUUCGCCAUCGACGUGCUGAGACAUCUCCCUUACAUCAGCAACUCCCACAGGCACUUUGACAUCACUAACCUCGACUACAGAUGCGAUGCUGUGGAUUACUCAGACUUGGACCCGGAGGAACUCCCUAGGAAAGACGUCGAGGAGGCAUGGGCGGAUGAGCUGCAAGGUGAGCAGGGCCCAGAGGACGGGGAUCGCAUCUCCAACUUCAAGCAUGUCGUCAUGGUAGCCAACACCGUCCAUACCGGCGGCGUUGUUCUCCUCCUGGACACAUUCUCCGGCAAGAUCUUCGAGCAGUUUGUUAUAUGCGGCAGCGGCGUCAGGCUCCCCGUCGGCGAGUACUUUGCAUCGAGGAUGGAGAGAAUCCGAAAGCUGCAGCUCAUCUUCAUUAAUUGGAUGGACCCUCAGGACAUGGAUGAUGCCGGUAUUGACUUGGAGGUCGAGUAUGAUCCGGGCCCGAAGGAUAGCGAAGGGGAGCCGGCGUCGGAUCGGGACACGAAAGAACUGGUUGGGUGGGUAAGGCAUUUGUAUCGCAAGUUCGGCUGGCCAGGGAGUGAUUAUAAGAAGGAGGAAUGUAUGAAGGCUAUUGCCGACUUUACUUCGCGGUCUCCGAUAUGGCGAAAGUGCAUGCGGGAGACCGAUGGCUGUAUCAACUGUCGCAAGGACGAUUAA